AUGGAUCUUAUAAUGUGUAGCUUCUGUAGAUUUGAAAUGGCGUACAGAGAAGUUCUCCGUUCUUCUUCUGAAGAUGAAUCUAGCAGCAAUGAUGACAUUUGUUGGAAACGAAGAAAAUCAGAUAUUCGAGCCUCACCAAUGAAAGAAGAUUUCAGUGUAAAUAUCCCAAAGAAACCAUAUAGAAAAAAUCGCAACUGUGUUUGGGUAAAUGUUAUUAACGAGUACAAAUUGGAUGAUGCUUUGUCAGUAGCUCAUGUUCAUGAAAAAUGUGACUCUAGCAGGGGUGUUGAAAGUUAUUUGGUUAACACAGAUAAUGAUGAUGAACGGAAGAUUAUUGAAGUGUGCACUCAACCAGAAUUGUCUACUAGAAUAUUAAACAAAUCAAAUCUCUCUAUCAAGCAACGGCUUGGACCACUUCUAUGGGACCAGGAAGUAUCUAGAUCACAUAUUGACGUUACUUUUGACAGUCCACCCGAUCUUGUCGCUGAAACUAUCAUUAAUCUACUAAAAGAACCGAACGAGGAUUUAAUAAGGCGAACUGUUGAUAUUUUGGGUGUUCAGCGAGCUCUUGAAUUUUACUACCUUACGGAAGAUAUCGAGAACAAUGGUGGUCUCUACUUAAUGGAUGGGUCUCGGAGACGGUCGCCUGGUGGUGUUUAUCUUAAUCUAAUCAAACAUUCCUAUUCAGUAAAAAAAGAAGAAAAGAAGUCGAUCUUUCUGAUUGAUAGACAAAUGAAAGAUAAAUUAAAAAGAGCUCGCAGGAAUUCUCGUCGUGUAAGAAAAUAUGAGGUGUCAGACAUUGUAUGCGAACUUCCAAGCAAUCCCGCGAAAUCAGUCGAUUCCAAUUGUCCUUCUCCGUUAGAUAUACACAGUUCUCAAGAACCAGUUAUUUUGGAAGGUGAAAUUUCACAACCUGCUUCGCCUGCAAUUACAAUGGAUACAACGUGUGCAAGUUCGCGUGAAAAAUCACCCGAAGAUAA